AUGAUCAACAUUGUUGCCGACCAAGUCCGAAGCAAGAUAGUAGGAAAGAUCGAAGCAGCCAAGUGGUACACAGUGAUAUCAGACGAGGUUACUGAUGCGUCCAAUAAGGAGAAAUUGAGUCUGGUCUUGAGGUAUGUAGAUUCGGAUACUCUCUUGGUUCGAGAAGACCUAAUAGGGUUUGUUGAAUACAACACUGGUAUCACUGGUCGUGAGUUAGCUAACAAGAUUACUAGCAGCUUGCAGGCUUUCGGUUUAGAUCUUUCUAAUCUGCGAGGCCAGGCUUAUGACGGAGCUGGUAACAUGGCAGGUUCAGUAAAUGGCACAGCAGCUCUCAUCUCUGCACAGUACCCACUUGCCCUGUAUCUUCACUGUCUCACACUGUCUGAAUCUAGCUGUUGUCAAGUCAUUGCAGAUUACCAGUGUUCGAAAUAUGAUGGGUGUAAUCGAAAGGGUCUACCAAUUUUUUCAGUUCAUCCAAAGAGACAGACAGCUCUCGAGAAGGCCAUAUCCGAUACUCAACCUACAUCAAAGGUUCACAAGUUGAAGGAUAUGUGCCGUACCAGAUGGGUCCAACGUGUCGAUGCGAUCCAAGUGUUCAAAUCCCUCCACCAAUGUACGGUAACCUGUAUGGAGGGCAUUUGCAAUGAUGGCCCCAGGUUAUGGAGUCCAGACGCACUUACUGAUGCUAGGAGUCACAACUAG